AUGCAAAAAUAAAAGAAGUAAACUAAAGGAUGGAGUAGAAUUCCAAACGAUUGUGAAUUUUAUCAUUAAUAUAUUAAAUAGUAGCAGGGAGGUAACAACCUUAUAAUUCAUAAAAAUAAAACCGAUUAGAUCUCUAAGCAGUAUAAAUUUGCUCUAUUGCCAUUUUUAUAGCAAUUGCCAAAUAUGUUAGUGAACAGGUAUUUAAGUAAGCCUCUUCUCAAAUAUUGUAAGUUUUUAUUCUACUUCUUUGUAUUAAAUUCUGUUAUUAAUUUUUAUUAGAUAUCUUUAAGGCAUAUGGCAAAAAAUAUAAGGUAUUAUUCAUAUCUUCUUUAUAUAAAAUGUUGAAAUUGAUUAAACCAAAAUCCAAAUAUGUAAUUUAUCUGGGCAAUUUGCUAAUUUAAUAGAUUAGAAAAGAAAAGAGAAUCAAAUAAAAUAUUUCAAUCUUAAAAGCACAUUUAAUAAAAAUGUCAAGUGCAUAAAUUAAAUUUCAAAAGUAAUGAUAUUUAUAACUUAGAUCCUAUUAUGAUGUUAAUCACAAUUUAAAUUUGGCAUCAUUAACAAGAGAUAAGAAAUUGAAAUAAAAUUAAACUUAAAUCUUUUUCAAAUUAGAGAAAUGA